UAUAUGUUUAAAAAAAGGACGAAAAUAAGAAAAACAACAUAAAAUCAAACAAAUAAAAGCCUUUCUAAAAUUUUAUUUUUUCUCUUUCUUUUCACUUUCGUCUCUGUCUUGAAUUGUUCUGCUUCAUAUCUCUCACGUCUCCGGCCUCCCAUUGCCCCCGCCCUCGCCGGCUUUCCCAGUCUCCCUCAUCUCCUCUAAAAUUAAAUGCUUUAUAUAUAUGGAUGAGAGAGAGAGAGCUGAUAAUCUUUUCGGCGUGAGCCAAAUGCAAACCACUGGGCUUAGUAUUUCACAGCCCAAUAAGAUUCAUAGUUUUUUAUUCCAGCCCAGAAUUGGACUUUAAACAAAUAAAAUUCGUUUUUUUCUAUGUUUUUAUUUAUAUAUUUACGCAGUUUCUUGAAAGCCAAGCUCUCUCGUUGUCGAUUGCGCUUUUGACUGGUGAAUAUGUCUCGAAGAUAUGAUAGCCGUACAACAAUCUUUUCCCCGGAAGGGCGCCUCUACCAAGUUGAGUACGCGAUGGAAGCUAUUGGAAAUGCAGGGAGUGCUAUUGGGAUUCUGGCUAAAGAUGGAGUUGUGUUAGUCGGUGAAAAGAAGGUCAUAUCCAAACUACUUGAGACCUCCACAUCAGUCGAGAAGAUGUACAAGAUUGAUGACCAUGUGGCGUGUGCUGUGGCUGGGAUCAUGUCCGAUGCCAAUAUCCUGAUCAACACAGCGAGGCUCCAGGCGCAGCGCUACACGUUUGCCUACCAAGAGCCAAUGCCACUCGAGCAACUUGUUCAGUCUCUAUGCGAUACCAAGCAGGGCUACACACAGUAUGGUGGCCUCCGCCCCUUUGGUGUUUCAUUUCUGUUUGCAGGGUGGGACAAGAAUUACGGGUUUCAGCUUUACAUGAGCGACCCGAGUGGGAACUUUAGCGGCUGGAAGGCUGCAGCAAUCGGGGCAAACAACCAAGCUGCACAGUCUAUACUCAAACAGGAUUACAAAGACGACAUCACCAGAGAAGAGGCCGUUCACCUUGCUAUAAAGGUGCUCAGCAAGACCAUGGACAGCACGAGUCUCAACUCGGAGAAGCUUGAAUUGGCCGAGAUAUUCCUGUCUGCUGGGAAGGUGAAGUUCCAGAUGUGCCCUUCUGAUAAGGUUGACAAGAUGUUGGUGAAGUCGGGGUUAACGCAACCUUCUGCAGACGCAUAGUGAGCUUGAUCCUUACGUACAUUUGCCUUACAUCUUUCGAGUAAUGUUGCUUCUUUACCGUAGCUUUUUAUGUAUUUGUGCUCUUGAAAACCAAGUGUUCAAUGUUCUGUUUUGAAAUUUGAGCAAUGUCCUUCUAGUCAUUUUGCUUCUGCAGAUGAGAUGAUUUAUCAGAAAUGUGAGAAAUCCAACUAAUGAUUUUGCUUA